UCAUCUUCCUGUUACAACAAGGGUGAACAGUCCAAGUGACUGUGACUGCAGGGCUACAAUAACUGAGUAGGAUUCACAUUUGGGACAUUGAACAGUUUGAGAUUACUCCUGACAAGAGCAGAAUUGUCAAAAGUAUAGUGAGAUCACCACUUGAAAACUAAGUUAAGGAUUACUUAGCUUUGAAUAACUCACUGUAAAUCCGGUUUAUCUGUUUCAUCCUGAAAAUGUGAAAUUCUGAACCUAAAAGCCACAAAAGUUCUUAUUCACAAAAAUAAUUAAAGCAUUACAUUCAAAUUCCUGAACCAGGAUGUUUGACACAGAUGUGCAAAAUAAUGUAGAGUAUAACAAUUAUUAAAUCCAAAACAAAUGAUCAAUCACAAUCAAAUCUGUUAAUACUUAGGGAGGAUGAAUGCACUAUUCAACUCUUGCUAUAAGAAAGAAACUCAACUCUCCUGACUGCACAAUUCUUUGGCAUUCCUACUGAUGAAAAUAUGCCCAUAACAAGUCACUCCGCACCUGGAAGAGAAGCUACCCAUGGCUACCAUAACGUUAGUACAUUAAGGGGGGUGGAAAACAGGUGAAGUCACAUGACAAGUCAUGACUAUGGAAAACUGCACGCAGAAACAUUCAAUUCCAUAGCAGUGUUAACGAUACCGCAAUCUCACAGUUCACCCUCCUGUACAGUAGGUGGCUGCCGUUGCAGUUUAUAUUCGUCGUUAAAAUACCAUAGAGGAAGAAUACAAAAAUGGCGAACACAGUCGUGUUUGGAGGAAAUGCAAUGCAGAAACGUGAACAACGCGGUCAAAAGCAACGUCGUGCCUCCUUUAAGAAAGAAAAAAGGAAAAGAAAACGUCAAGCCCUCGCAAAACUCAGAGAUUCGGAAUUACUAGAGGAUGAGCCAAGAGACGUACCGGAUAAUGAUAAUGACGAUGACGACGAAGAGGAGGAGAGGAAGGCUGAAGUGGAAAGACAGAGACUGCACCAGGAGUGGCUGCAGAGAGAGGCGCUCGCUCAGGAGGAGUUCCGGCUGAGAACGGAGAGGGAGGACGCGGCGCGAAAGAGACGGGAGGAUGAGGAGAGGCGGAUAAAGGAGGAAUGGGAGGAACAGCAGCGGAAAGAGAAGGAAGAGCGGGAUCGGAAGCAGCAGGAGAAGAUGGACAGAGAGGAAGCGGUACAGAAAAUGCUGGACCAAGCUGAAAGCCAGCUUCAGAGUACAGGUCCAUGGAAGAACCCUGAGGCCCCAGUGGAUUAUGGGACAGAGAAGGACAGGGCGAACUGCCCUUUCUUCCUCAAAACGGGAUCCUGCCGGUUUGGAGACAGGUGUUCCCGCGUUCACGUGCGCCCCACCGCCAGCACCACGCUGAUGGUGAAGGGCAUGUUCGUGACCUUCAGCAUGGAGCAGGUGCACCGGGACGACUACGACACGGACGCCAGCCUGGAGUACAGUGAGGACGACGUGCACCAGCACUUCCUGGACUUCUACCAGGACGUGCUUCCCGAGUUCAGGAACGUCGGGAAGGUGGUGCAGUUCAAGGUGAGCUGCAACUUUGAGCCUCACCUGAGGGGGAAUGUGUACGUCCAGUUCGAGACGGAGGAUCAGUGUCGGGAGGCCUUUGUCAAGUUUAAUGGCCGAUAUUACGCAGGAAAGCAGUUGCAGUGCGAGUUCUCGCCCGUCACAAGAUGGAAGACAGCCAUAUGUGGGCUGUUCGACAGGAACAAGUGCCCCAAAGGGAAGCACUGCAACUUCCUGCACGUGUACAGGAACCCCACCCGGGAAUUCUGGGAGGCAGACCGGGAUCUGCACACGUCUCCCAACGGCGCCUUCACCGGGUCGCGCUCCGAGCGUUUCUCAGAGCGCUUCUCAGAGCGGAGACCCUGGUCCAGCAGACGCUACGACCGCAGUCCCGACAGGAGCGGGGGCGGCAGGUGGCGAGGCCGUUACAGAGGGAGGAGGAGCCGCAGCCGAAGCAGGGAGAGGAGGAGGAGUCAAAGCAGGGAGAGGAGGAGGAGUCAAAGCAGGGAGAGGCGGAGGAGUCAAAGCAGGGAGAGGAGGAGGAGUCAAAGCAGGGAGAGGAGGAGGAGUCAAAGCAGGGAGAGGAGGAGGAGUCAAAGCAGGGAGAGGAAGAGCCGCAGAGAGGAGAGGCGGAGUCAAAGCAGGGAAGGGAGGAGCUGCAGAGAGGAGAGGCGGAGUCACAGCAGGGGGAGGAGUCGCAGUAAGGAUAGGAGAAGUCGCAGUAAGGAGAGGCGGAGUCAAAGCAGGGAGGGGCGGAGUCACAGUCGCGGGAGGUUGAGUCACAGCAGGGACCCGCAGCAGUCGGAGAGAGGCGGUGUCCGAGGGCGGAGGUCAGGCCAGGAGCGUCGCUCCCCCUCCCCGAGUGAGGACGGGGACGCAGCGAACGGGUCGCCCGGCCGGAAGGGUCCGGAAGGAGCGAAGAGGCGGAGGAGCGGCACCGGCAGCCCAAAGCCGGUGGACAAACGGGGCAGGAAGCCCUCGGAGGGCAGUCCUGCUCCGCGCCGCCACAAACGCUCCAAAAAGAGCGGCAAGAAGAAGAAGAGCAAGAAGAAGAAGAGGGAGAACAGGAGCGUCUCGCCCGCGGGGUCGAGCCUGUCUGAGGGAGAGGCCGCAAGCCGGCCCCUCUCCCCUCCGAACGAGGAGGACCCCAGGGUGGCUGCAAGCCAGUCCCUCUCCCCUCCGAACGAGGAGAACCCCAGAGAGGCCGUAGGCCAGCCCCUCUCCCCUCCGAACGAGGAGAACCCCAGAGAGGUCAUAGGCCAGCCCCUCUCCCCCCUGGGUGAGGAGAACCCCAGAGAGGCCAUAGGCCAGCCCCUCUCCCCCCUGGGUGAGGAGAAUGCCAGAGAGCCCGCAAGCCAGUCCCUCUCCCCUCAGAACGAGGAGAACCCAGGAGAACCCUCCCCAGGGGAGCCGCACCUCCUCCAGCACCUCCCCAAGGAGGCGCAGCAGGCAGGAGGCCACACUGACCCGCUGGAGGCAGAGGAGCAGAGCACCUCCUCCUUCAACCGCAACCAUAACGCAAUCUCCAGUUAAACAGGACGACUCCAGUUCAUAGAUUAAUAGCAUGUGUAAAUAAAGCUUAUUUUCAUAAUA